UGGAGCUUGCCAGAGAAAGGAUUUUUGUGUGGUUUGUUGUUGGGCUUGUUUUCCUUCCCUUGGCCAAGGCUCAAGAAUUUCCCGGACAACUUUUCAGAGAAUCCGCUCCAGCGACUCGACAGCAAAGUGCUCUGUUUGCUUUUUAUAAUACAGAUAAAGCUGAAGCUCUGCCAAGGAGGAAGAGGGAAGAAAGCCAGGGAAGAGAGAAGUGAUGGUGUGAGGAAUGCCUUUUGCAGAAGUGCCUGAGUGAGAAAGGGAUUGUGUGGACAAAGGAGCACUGAGAGCCGCCAGUCCAUCCCAGGGAGCCUCAGCAUCUCCACUUGCACAGGCACACGGUGAAGGACAAGCUCUGGAUCCCUUCCAAACCUUCCCCUUAAGUAGGUUCAGAGAUGAAGACACUGCAGAGAAAGAUGAGUGUAUUCCAGCAAACGAAAAUUCUCUUGUGGAAAAAUGUCCUUCUCAAGUGGAGGAUGAAGAUGCAGAGCUUUCAGGAGUGGAUGCUGUCCCUGCUCUUCCUGCCCUUGCUGCUCAUUGUGUCCUACUGUAUGAUCAACAUCGAGUUCCCCGAAGUGCCCUUCAGCCACCUCGGGCAGUUGGAUGAUCCUGCCUAUAAUGCCACCGGGGUCACCGUGGCUUUCACACCCACCACUGCCACCACCAGGCAGAUAAUGAAUAAAGUGGCCUCCAAAUCUGUCAUGAGGGGUAUAAAACUGGAGGCACUGGACAGUGAGAACGCCCUGGAAAAAGCCUGGAUUUCAAAUAAUGCAAUUAUAGGGGUUGUAUUUAAGGACAACUUCUCCUAUCACCUCAGGUUUCCUACUACAAAAAUGAUUAUUCCAAAUGAAGUCUUUGGACACAUAGACAGCUGUUACAAUUUCUCGUCGGGGAACUGUGACAGCCCCAGGUACUGGUACAGAGGCUUUCUGUCCCUGCAGUCCAGCAUUGAUGCUGCUAUCAUAGAGGUGGUAGCAAAUCAUUCUGUUUGGGAAGAAAUGAAUUCAAUUGCUGGAGUCCGAAUGAAGUCCCGGAGCAUCGUCUUCUCAAUUACACUCGAUUACAGCUUUUACAUGAUCACUAUCGUGAUGUGUUUCUUUCCCUUCAUGUAUUUCUUAUCAAUGAAUGUCACAAGAGAAAAGAAGAAGCUCAAGGAGCUGAUGAAGACGAUGGGGCUGCAGGAUGUUGCGUUUUGGCUCUCCUGGAGUCUGCUGUAUUCUCUCUAUGUGUUGAUCUUCUCCUGCCUGCUGACGGCCCUCGUGCUGUGGAACCCUUUUUACAUCAGCAGCUUCCCUGCGGUCUUGCUGCUGUUUUUCCUCUAUGGCCUGGCAUGUAUCCACCUGGUUUUCCUCCUCUGCUCCCUCUUAAGGACCUCCAAACUUGUCAGCUCCGUGGGGUUCCUCAUCACCUUCAUCUUUGGAUGCCUGAGCCUGGCAUUGCUGAUAGAGAACGUUCCUGAACCACUGAAGUGGUUUCUCGGUCUCUUCUGCCCUUUCGCAUUUAACGCGGGCAUUGCCCAGAUUUUCCAUUUGGAAAAAUAUGGAAUGGGUUUCUCUUUUUCCAACCUUAUGGAGGAAGCAUACUUUUUAUUUUCAACUUACAUUAUGCUGGCCUUUGAUUCAGUCUUGUACAUGCUGUUGGCUCUGUAUUUCGACAAAGUUCUGCCAGGCAAAUAUGGCAUUCCAGACCCCCCUUUCUUCUGCCUGAAACCUUCCUACUGGAUGAGGAGCAGGAGGGGCUCCACCAGGGACACUCCCAGAUCCACAGCCAGCCCCGAGGAGCUCCUUGGUGAUGAUGUAGAGCCAGUGCCCCCCGAAUUCAGGGGGAAGGAGGCCAUCAGGCUCCACAGUAUUAAAAAAGCCUAUAAAAAGAAGGACAAGAAGACAGAAGCUUUAAGAGGUUUGUCUUUAACUAUUUAUGAGGGGCAGAUCACUGCCUUACUUGGCCACAGUGGGGCUGGAAAGACCACGCUGUUGAAUGUGCUCAGCGGGCUCACCUUCCCCUCAGAAGGCUCUGCCACCAUAUACAACUACAAACUCUCCAAAAUAGGAGACAGGGAGGAGAUUAGGGAGAUGAUUGGCAUUUGCCCCCAGUUCAACUCCCAGUUCGAAGUCUUGACGGUGAAGGAAAACUUGAAAACUUUUGCAGAAAUCAAGGGCAUCAAGCCCAAGGAGGUGGAGAGAGAGGUGCAAAAUGUUUUGGAACUGCUGGAUAUCAGUAACAUUCAAGACACUCAAGCUGAGAAACUCAGUGGUGGGCAGAAAAGGAAGUUAUCCAUUGGAAUAGCCAUGCUUGGAAACCCCCAGGUUUUGCUCCUGGACGAGCCAACAGCUGGGUUGGAUCCUCUCUCCAGGCACCAGGUGUGGAGCCUCCUGAGGGAGCGGCGGGCGGGCCGGGUGAUCCUGUUCAGCACCCAGUUCAUGGACGAGGCCGAUAUCCUGGCAGACCGUAAGGCUUUUAUCUCGCACGGGAGGCUGAAGUGUGUCGGUUCCUCGCUGUUCCUGAAGAAAAAAUGGGGGAUUUGUUACCAUUUAAGGAUCCACGUCAGUGAGUCCUGUGACUUGGAGAAUGUGACAUCCCAGGUUAAGCGGUACAUCCCCAACGCCACCUUCUCAGGACACAGCCAGUAUGAGCUGAGAUAUAAACUGCCAUUAGAAAACGUGAAUAGGUUCCCAGAUCUGUUCAGUGGCCUCGACAGCUGCUCUGGGAAGGGCAUUAUCAAUUAUGGGGUCAGCAUGACAACCCUGGAGGACGUCUUCCUGAAACUGGAGGGAGAAGACACGGCGGACCGGAGAAGGUGCGAUGAGCACGUCCUCGGGGACGAGUGGGCAGAGGCAGGACCGCAAGGCUCCGACGAGAUCAAGCCGGGCUCCCUCCUGCUCUCGGACGCUGGGAAGGUGACAGUGGAUGGCCUGGCCCUCUGGAGGCAGCAGGUCUCUGCCAUGGCAUGGGUGCACUUCUUAAAGCUCAAGAGUUCGGUGAAAAACCUGCGGUCAAUUUUGCUGCUCUAUGUGGUUUUUCUGCUUCCUGUGGUUUUGCAACUGUCCCUGGUUGCUGCCUGGAAGAGUGUGAGUGUCUGGGAGCUCUCGUCUGCACGGUACUUCCUGCCCCUGGGGAAGAAAUCCUACCUGGAGACAACCACCCUCCUGGUCCACAACAACACAGGCACAGGCAUUGACAGCUUCAUCCACGUGCUCCAGAGCCAAGACCUUACGGUGGAAAUAACGAGCGAGGGCAAUAUCACCGAGGAAAUGAAACACAAUGGGGCCAUAGAAGUGUCUCUCGAAGGUCAGAGCUACAGGUUCACCGUGUUGUGCCACUUGGAGGCCAUGAACUGCUUCCCUGUGCUUGUGAACAUCAUCAGCAACGCCCUGCUGAGAACCCUCAACUCCACCGGGCACAUCCGCGUCUGGAGCCACCCCUUUUUCUCUCUCCAAAAUCCACUAUACUGGGAUUAUUUUAUUCCCUUUUACCUCAUUUAUAUGCUGGUGUUAUUCCCUGGUUUUCCUCCUCACUUUGCAAUGGGCUGCAUGCAGGACUACAAGGUGGGAGCUCGUGACCAGCUGAGGGUCUCGGGGCUCUUCCCUUCGGCCUACUGGUGUGGCCAGGCACUGGUGGACAUCCCACUGUGCUGGAUCCUGCUCUUCUCCAUGUUUGGGCUCCUGUUUGCCAUGAGCAACAAGAUUUCUGGGUCCAUCAACACCUUCUCACUGGUCAUGGUGACGUUGGGUUAUGGGAUUUCUCUCGUUCUCUUAAUCUACUUGAUCUCCUUCAACUCUCGCAAGGGAUGGAACUGUGACCUUUGGUCUUUUAUCCUGAUAGUGGUGUGCCUUAUCUCUCUUUUAAUCGGCAGAGUCAUGGAUUUUUCAAGCGACCCUCGGAACUCCCUCUACAUUCUGUCUCUCCUGAUUCCCGUGUAUCCCCUGCUGGGGUUUGUGUUCCAGCAGGUAAAUGGUGCUGCUUGGCAAGGACAGGCACAGAGCACAACUACACUGUCAUCGACUUCUGGCAACGAUGCACUAGUCGCUGUCUUUGCACCCUAUGUCCAUUCUGUGGCUUUCAUUUUUCUCCUCCGCUACUUGGAGUUAAAAUAUGGAAGAGCAGUUCUGAGAAAGGACCCAAUAUUUAGGAUUUCCCCAAGAAGAGAAAGCAGCCACCAGCACCCCAAGGAGCUGGAAGAGGAAGAUGAAGAUGUUAAAGCUGAAAGAGAAGCAGUGAAAAAUGCCAUAGCAGCUCCGAGCCAGGACGAGAAAUCAGUCAUUAUAGUCAGCAAUCUGUGCAAGGAAUACAAAAUAAAGCAAGCUGGUUCUGUUUUUAAGAAGAAGAAGAAAACAGCCACCAAGAAUGUUUCCUUCCAUGUUAAAAAAGGAGAAGUAUUAGGACUUCUGGGGCCCAACGGAGCUGGUAAAAGCACAGCUAUCAAAAUGAUUACUGGAGAGACAACCCUGACUGCUGGGCAGGUGCUGAUGAAGAGGGGAGGUGGAGCAGCCCCCCAGGACCACGGGCCCGCCUUCCUGGGGUACUGCCCUCAGGAGAGCCCGCUCUGGCUGGACCUCACCGUGCUCGAGCACCUGAAGGUCUACGCGGCCGUGAAGGGGCUGCGCAAGGGGGACGCCACAGCCGCCGUCACCAGGAUAGUGAAUGCUCUUCAGCUUCAAGACUACUUAAAAAAAAAAGCCAGAAAAUUGUCUGCUGGGAUAACCAGAAAGCUGUGUGUUGCAGUGUGUAUGCUGGGCAACCCCUCCAUCCUGCUCCUGGACGAGCCCUCCACGGGCAUGGACCCCAACGGGCAGCGCUGUGUCUGGAAGAUGAUCCGUGAUGCCCUGACAACCCAGGAGUCGGGAGCCAUCCUGACCACGCACUACAUGGAGGAGGCAGAGGCCGUGUGUGACCGUGUGGCCAUCCUGGUGUCUGGGCAGCUGAGGUGCAUUGGCUCCAUUCAGUACCUGAAGAACAAGUUUGGCAAAGGGUAUCUGCUGGAAAUCAAGGCCAAGGAUCCAGAGCACACAGAUCUUCUCCACGCCGAGAUUUUGAAGAUUUUCCCAAGUGCAGCCCGUCAGGAGCGGUUCCCCUCUUUGCUUGUCUACAAGGUCCCAAUGGAAGAUGCACUGCCCCUGUCUCAGUCUUUCUCCAAGCUAGAGGAAGCCAAACGAAGCUGCAGCCUCGAGGAGUACAGCUUCUCCUUGAAUACUUUGACUCAGGUGUUUCUGGAACUCUCCCGAGAGCAGGAAAAGGAUAAUUUUGAUCUGACUUUGGACGGGACUUUCGAAUGGAAGCAGCUUCAGCAGCAGGAGUGUUGAAGGCCCAAGAUGCUCAUUUAUGCAUUACUCAGUAUUAACCAAAUGUGUGUAUUUACUGCCACUAUCAGUGUAUCCCAGAGAGGGGGAACAGGCUCUGCCUUUCCAGUGACCAGCAGUGAAGGACAGGACAUUCCACCUGGACCCUGCAGGUGUCUGAGGCCCAUCCCAAGCUGCACUUCCAAAGGGUGGUGGAUGAAAUAGUGCCUGACUGGUGAGAGCUCUUGUCAAGCAGAGCAGGCUGCAGCCCAGGGACUGGAAGGUUUGCAGAAAGAAGGGUCAUGGCCCAUCUUUGGGGAUGGAGUCUCUCUGGAUCUGGGGGCAUCAGGGAAUCCUGACAGGCUGCUGACCUUCUGGGCUCCUCCCCCACCAGUGUCUGGGACUGUUUGCCUACGACAUGUUCAAAUAUUGAAAUUUGCACUCUAUACCCUUCCAAUAAAUGCCUCUAUGGAAA